GGAACACAAAAGCCACGGCAAUCUGUGUUCUGUCGUCCCGUCCACCCAUCACACUGGAAAAAGAUAUGUUGUUUGCCCAGGAGGCUAGAGGUCAGCACUCAGACAACAGCUUUGUAUCGCAGAAAGAUCUCACACUUCAUCAUAUUCGAGACUACACCUCUCGAAAUAUAAAUUCAUUGAACGCUCCUGAACUGCCUCGAAAAUGCAUUACCAAGAAUACCUGGAUGCUUACAACAGCCCCGAUGAAAGCGCCAAAUCACAGUUUUACGCCGAGGACUGCCAGUUCCAAUUCGGCGACUUGAAAUUAUCUGGAAGAGAACAGAUCAUGGCCAUGUUUUCCAAGGGUCACAUGGGCGUCAGAGAAGAGUUGCGACCAAUUCAUGUGCUCGAAAGCGAUAGCCACAUCCUGGCCGAAGUCGAUGCAUGCUUCAUGCCCUUCGAAGACACGCCAGAUAACUUAAUACACCCCUUCAAGAAACAUCAGCCGAUUUCAUUCCGAUUCUUCGCCUCAUACGAGAUACGCGACAAUCAGAUUCGCUCAUUCCGGCUGGCGCACUGGCCUCAGCCGACGGUUAUCGAGCUAUUCUGAAUGGAUGCGGCAGAGAGCCAUCACAAGGACCAUUUGCUGAGAAGAGUGAGGCUGUGCUCGAUAUGUAGUUCCAUGUUGGACCGUAGUAAAAAAAGAAGAAGGUUGUUGGGUAUGAGCUCUAACACGAAGCCACAAAUUUCAACCACUUGAGAGACCGCAGUGAUACCAAGUCCAGGU